AUGUCACUCUCACGGGCAGGUCCCUCUUUGCGACCACUCUGUCGACGGUGCUCACAACUCCAGCGCCAAUCUUCCCUUGUCAUCUUCCCUUCCGCCCGAUCACUAUCUACCUCUCUCCCUUCUUCCCGGCAGUACGCCCGUCAACAACCCUUUCCUGUUCCAUCUACCGCUCAGCUUAAUCCGACUAUCCCGCGAGAUCAGACCGUUCCUCGAGCUCCACUGCAAAUCACCGUAGAUGACUUUAACGAGAAACCUUCAGCUCAUCCUUAUCAGAUCGUGUCGCUUUUGCUUCAGCGAGUACCCGAAUAUAUUGCUUCGCCCAGAGCCAGAAGGAAACUCAAUGCGUGCGGGUUAGAUACGAGGUUGGUUUUAUAUAAGAUACAGAACGAAUGGAUGAAGAAGGUCGAAAAUGACUUGGGGGAAUAUGCAGAUAAUAAAAAUGAUCAAGAGGUAUUACAGGGGUUGGCCAGGAAUGGGUGGAAUGGUGAAGAUCUGAUUAUAGCCAUGAAUCAAGGUCGGAUCAUCACCACUGUCGAAUCGAUGGCUCUACGAAAUUUCUUAAGUUGGAGUUUGACAUUAGAUCGAAAAGAUUUAAUCGAUGAUCAACUGAAAAUACAUAUUCAAAGUAUAUUAAACAUCACCGAUUUAACUCGAUUACCAUAUUCAUCCGAAUUCCUCUCUGCUCGAUCGAUGAAAAGACAUUUCCACCUUCAUAUCGGACCUACCAAUUCUGGUAAAACAUACAACGCCCUCAAAGCUCUAUCGAAAGCCUCUUCCGGUGCUUAUGCUGGUCCAUUGAGACUGUUAGCUCAUGAAGUUUGGGAAAGGAUGAAUCUCGGUACGGUCGGUGAAUUAGAUGGGAAAGGUAGAGCAUGUAAUCUCCUCACAGGAGAGGAAAGAAGAGUUGUAGAUCCUGAUUCAGGCCUAUUGAGCUGUACAGUCGAGAUGCUUCCCUUGAAUGGUUUGAAUGGAAAAGGGUUUGAUGUAGUGGUGAUAGAUGAAAUUCAGAUGUUAGGAGACGAGCAGAGAGGUGGAUCAUGGACUAAAGCUGUACUAGGAUUGGCUGCUAAAGAUAUUCAUCUUUGUGGUGAUGAGACUACCGUCAAAUUACUACAUAACCUCUUAGAACCAUUAGGUGAUCAGAUAACGGUACAUAAAUAUAAUAGGUUAACGCCGUUGGUGGUCGCUGAAGAAAGUUUGAAUAAUGAUUGGGAAAAAGUAGAAAAAGGUGAUUGUGUAGUGACGUUCUCAAGGACGAAUAUAUUCGCUGUGAAGAAGAUGAUCGAAUCGACUGCUGGGAAGAAAUGCGCCGUGGUGUAUGGUGCGCUACCGCCCGAGACCAGGGCGGAACAGGCGAGGGACUUUAAUGAUGAGAAGGGAUUGAGCGAAGUGUUGGUAGCUUCUGAUGCGGUAGGGAUGGGAUUGAAUUUAAAAAUCAAACGGAUGAUCUUCGAGUCCCUCACCAAAUUCAACGGUAAAAAAGAAACGCCACUUUCCCUCACUCAGAUCAAACAAAUCGCAGGUAGAGCAGGACGAUACAAGACUUCUUCCGAUUCCGCCUCAAAUAAAAACUCUGAUCUCGUUACUACCCCUGACGAAGCUCCUGCGGUCGGUGGACUAGUCACGACGCUGCAUAAAGCGGAUCUACCAAUCCUGAGGGAAUUGAUGAAACGUGAUUUACCUUCUAUCCCACGAGCCAACUUGGAAGUCCCUUAUAACAACUUGUCGGAACUGGCUAGUUUGUUACCUUCGACUACGACAUUCGGUGGAUUGUUAGAACAGUUUUCAAGUUUAGUGAAAGUCCCAAAAUAUACGACUCUUUCGGGAUACGAACACAAGCUCCCUUUGGCGGACUUGUUAGAACCAUACAGAGAUCAAUUGAGUUUAGCUGAGAUUGAUCUAUUCUGUUUCGCCCCCGUCAACAUACGUGAUGAAAGGGCGAAAGGAAUCUUCCAAGAGUUGAUUAAAGAUUUCUCAUUAAAUGGAUAUGUAGAUCUGGAAGACAUUUUCAAAUCUUCAAGAUUAAUCACUCAACUUGAACUUGUCGAAGAAACAUUACGAACAUUACCUCCUCUACCACCUGUCUUAGGGAUAGGUAGGAAAUUGUUAACUCCCCCUAUCAUCAUCUCGUCAAUACCGAUGUUGGAAACAUUACAUAAAUCGUUAGUAUUAUACAUCUGGCUAUCAUUCCGAUUGGAAGUAAGUUUCCCCGAUAGAUCCAAAGCGGUAGAAUUGAAAGAGAGGACGGAGGUGGUUUUGGACAAUUGCUUGGAGAGAUUACCCGGUUUGAGACAACGUAAACAUGCUAAAGGAGAGAGAUCAAAGGAGGUUGAUAGAUUGGUUAGAGAUUGGAGAAGAGAGAAUGUCAUGCCUAAUGGCACACGGAAAGUGGAAGGUGUACCUAGAAAGGGAUUGACGUGGAUUGAGAGGAAUGUAGCGGAGAGGGUCAAACAGAGGAAAACUUGGAGGAAUGUUAGGGUCGUUGGAGAGGGUGAGGGGGAAGGGAAUUAG